CUUUCACUACCGAGGUCGUAAUGGCGGCCCGCUGCGUGUGAAUGGGGUCGAAACCGAAACGGGAGCCGGCUCGAACAUGUACAAAGCGCCAUGUGGCAGACUGUCAGGUUUGAUUGGUGUCAGCGUGAAGCAGACACUAGUUCAAAAUGCCCCUCAGUGGAAGCAGACUGCUCGCAGCCUUAUUCAGCUGCACAAAAGAGAUCCAUCAAGCUGGCUGACGUACCAGCGCCUCAACUUCCUGAAACGCCAGUAUGUAGCAAAGAACAGCAGCGAGCUUCUCCAACGCGCCGUCCCGAAACCGGCUCCAUCCCUGACCACCGUGGACGAGAGAGACGACGAUGGCGUCGAAAGACAAGUGCAGAGGAUACCGACUAUAGAUCCCGUGGUCACAGAUACUGACCCCCGGUCAGAGGACGUCACCGGUGAAGCACCGCCCGGUACAGCCACCUCGGAGCCCGACGCGGACGACGCGGCGGCCCGGAGAGAUUCCGCGUCGCCGGACGAGACUCCGCACGUCCACGUGGAGACGGACGAGGCGAGGGACGCCCGUCUGGACCGACAGUGGAAGCUGCUGAAGGUCGAUGUGGCCGACCUGCCGGACAUCUAUGCCAAGCUCGCAAAAAUCAAACUCACAGCUCUGGUGGUUACGAGUGCAGCAGCCGGCUUCGCAAUGGCUCCGGUGCCCUUUGACCCCCUCAUCUUCUUCGUGGCCUCCCUGGGAACGUGCCUCGCCUCUUGCACUGCCAAUUCCAUCAACCAGUACUUCGAGGUGCCCUUCGACUCCAACAUGAACCGCACAAAGAACCGUCCACUCGUCAGAGGACAAAUCAGUCCCCUCCAUGCGGUGUCCUUCGCCCUGGCCUGUGGGAUUCCCGGCAUCGCUCUGCUCACCGUGGCCGUAAACCCCUUGACGGGCUUCCUGGGCGCCCUCAACAUCUUCCUGUACACCUGUUGCUACACUCCGCUCAAGAGGCACAGCAUCGCCAACACCUGGGUGGGGGCCGUGGUGGGCGCGAUACCUCCCGUCAUGGGCUGGACGGCUGCCACCGGUUGUCUGGAGCCAGGUGCUUUGUUGAUGGGCGGCUUCCUGUACUGCUGGCAGUUCCCCCACUUCAACGCCCUCAGCUGGAACUUGAGGGAGGAUUACUCGCGCGGCGGCUACCGCAUGAUGUCCGUCACCCACCCGGGCAUGUGCAAGCGGGUGGCCCUGCGCCACAGCCUGGGCCUCAUCGGCCUGUCCACGCUGGCGCCCGUGCUGGACGUCACCACCUGGACCUUCCCCGUCAUCUCCCUGCCCAUCAACCUGUACAUCAGCUACUUGGCCUUCCGCUUCCACCGCCGGGGCGACCGCAGCAGUGCCCGCAAGCUGUUCUUCUGCAGCCUCUGGCACCUGCCCAUGCUGCUGCUGCUGGCGCUCACCUGCAAGAAGCCCCGGGGGGGGCAGGAGGCUCCGCCCACAGCUGCUCCAGCCCUCGCGCUGCAAAGCUAACGAGUUUCAAAGAUGCCUGAACACUUUUUCUUUUUCUUUCUCAAGGACCUCUGAGAGCUUCUUUUUUUAACUGAGAUGCUCCCUCAGCGUCUCUCCUAACCACUCGUUGUGCUCGGAGGGGUUUCCGGAUGACGGACACAUUAUUUUAUCAGUUUAAUUGAAGCCAGCGGCGCUCACCGCAGAUCAGGAAAUGAGCUGGAAAAGGAUUUGGAUCAAAAUAACUGAUUUACAGAAACCACACUGAAUUAUUACAUCAGGUCGUAAUCAUUUCGAUGUGUGCGCCGUGUGUAUAUAUAUAUUCUGUAUUUUAUUUAUAUCGGGGGGCCCCGCCAGGUCCUCUUCCAUGUUGUACAUGAUAUAUCUUGUACAGUGUAAACCGCUCCUAUGGAUCCACACGGGGAUCCUCGUCUGCAUUGCACACAAUGCAAAAUAGAAGAAGAAGAGCAUAUGUAACGGACAUGAAGACAUUGUGUAAUCACAAGAUGGAUGUUUUGAUUUUCCGUCUGUGUAUAAAAAAAAAAAAAAUAGGACAAAUGUAAACCGUUUGACUUUAACCUCGUUACUCGACGGGUAGUUCAGCUUCGUGUUUUUUUUUUUUCCUUUCAUUCUCGUAACGGUUUACUUCAAACACGGACCCGCCUGCGCCAAAGCAAAGGGAGUAGCUAACACCCCGUGUUUUAAUAACACGGGGGCCAAAUGUUCUCUCACAAUAAAGUUAAAAGCUUCGUGAUUGUAA